AUGUUUUCUUAUUUGGUGUUUGUGGCACAGGAGCGUUUGAAUUCGCAGCUGGCUUGGAAGGUGUCCCAGCUUCAAGCAGAGCGUGAUGAGCUGCGUGAUUCUGUCCAUCGUCUUCAAGCUGAGAUAGCCGGGCUACGCAGGGCUCAUGCUGCCGAGAUCGAAUGUAUAAAGACGCGUGUCUGGUGCCAAGUUUGUCUGCGUGAGGCGCUUUAUCACUGUUGCGCCGGAAUCGCAUAUUGCUCUGAAGCGUGUCAGCUGGAACACUGGACGGCCAGACAUAGCCGGGAAUGCCGACGUAGUAUCGAGGUCGCUUCUGGUUCUGCUUCGACUUCUGCUUCUGGGAAUUCCGUUCUCGCCUCUUCUUCAUCCAGCUCAUCGUCGUCUUCUGCUUCGCUACCAGCCUCAUUAGGACUUUCCAACUCUUUGGCCAUGGCAACAACUAUAUUGCCAUUACAGUCCAGUGGCUUAAGUGCCUCCAAUGCAGGGCGAUAA